AUGGAGAAAGGCAAUUAUUCACUAGUGACUGAAUUCAUCCUCAUAGGGCUAACAGACCAGCCUGAGCUCCAGCUUCCACUCUUCUUCCUGUUCCUAGGGAUUUAUAUAUUCACUGUGAUGGGGAAUCUGGGCAUGAUUAUACUUAUUGGACUAAGUUCUCAUCUACACAACCCUAUGUAUUAUUUCCUGUGCAAUUUGUCCUUCAUUGAUCUCUGCCAAUCAACUGUUAUCAUACCCAAAAUGUUAAUGAACUUUUUAUCAGAGAAGAACACCAUUUCCUAUCCUGAGUGCACAACUCAAUUCUGUUUUUUUACCAUUUUUGCUAUAUCUGAAUGUCAAAUGUUGGCUGUGAUGGCAUAUGACCACUAUGUUGCUAUAUGCUAUCCGCUUCGUUAUAGUCUUAUCAUGUCUUAUCAAGUGUGGUUAGGUUUGGUGUGUGGAGUGUAUACAUUGGCCCUCAUUGGGACCGCAGCUCACACAAGUUGUUUGCUUAAAGUGUUUUUCUGUAAGGAAAAUGCAAUUAAUCAUUACUUCUGUGAUCUCCUUCCACUCUUGAAACUCUCUUGUUCGAGCACGUAUCUCAAUGAAGUGGUACUUCUGUCAUUCAGUACAUUUAAUAUAAUUUUCCCAACACUAACAAUUAUUUGUUCUUAUAUUUUCAUCAUUAUUAGCAUUUUAAAAAUUCAGUCCAGUGAAGGCAGGUCAAAAGCCUUCAGUACCUGCAGCUCCCAUAUUAUAGCAGUUGGUGUAUUCUUUGGCUCUCUUGCAUUCAUGUACCUGCAGCCAUCUUCAGUCAGUUCUAUGGAUCAGGGGAAAGUGUCUUCUGUCUUUUAUACUGUCAUUGUACCCAUGUUAAACCCCCUUAUCUAUAGUCUGAGAAAUAAAGAUGUCAAAAUUACCUUAAAGAAAGUGAUAGAAAGAACAUUUUAG